UCCCACCCCUUAAACCUUCCGUCUGAAACUACUUUCUCGAGCGAACUCCCAUAACUAAAGAUCUUAUCCUUCCUCAAUUCUCGAUUGGCAUUUGGGUUCCCAGCUAUGAACAAGCAUUAGCUCUAUCAUCCCUUGGAAAUGGCGACUCCGCAUCCCUCAUACUUGUUAUCUUCUUCCCCUUAUCUCCAAUCCUCCACUAAAAUGGCUCUCAGAGUUCAUUCUCCUCCCAUUCACAGACUCAAGGCGUCAUUUCAGUUUUUGGAAGCACGCAGCAAGAGUUUUAGUGUUAAACCCAAUGGGUUCUUUCAGAAUACUAGGCUCAAUAGCUCUAGUGCAAUAAAUAUGGCUGCAGGACAAUCAGGUGAACCUGAGAAGUUCAAUUUUGACCAUUUUAUGAGCAAGGCAAGAAAAUUAUGGGACAGUUCUCCUCGGCCAGUCAAGACCUUUCCGUGGAAGAGAGCAUUGGAGAACUUCGUGCAGCUCAUCCUUGAUCUUAGCAUUGCAGUUAUCAAAUACUUGUGUGUACCUUUACUGGCAAUUUCCUCCCUCAGCGAGAUGUCAUAUUGUGCGCAUCAAAAGAAGCUACUUUUUGUUCCUUUGCCACUCCUUAUUGGCAUUGCUGUUGGUGGAGUCCUAAAAGAAACUGCAUUGGAACUAUCACCACUUCUCAAGGAUGCAGAAGUUCCAUGGCAUCUGAUUGCCUCAGCAAUAUUUUUUACGCUGAUCAAAUUGCCAGGUCCAUAUUAUCCAUACUGGGGCCGGAUAUUUAUUCCUCACAUUGCGAAUGGGGCAUUAUGGAGAACUUUAUGGUCUGUAUUUUUGUGGUACAGAAGACCCAGAAAGGGAUCAGGAGAAGUGAUACACAAAAAUUCGGUAAAUGACGGUCAAUCUGAAACAAAUGAACUCUAAUAUUAUGAGUGAACACAGUUCAAGUGAUACAUUUUGCGUACGUCUCAAAUUGGGGGCGAUUUUAAUUGCGAUAUUAAAGAUUCUGCGCAUCAAUGUUGGUGGUGGUUAAAGUUAAUGAUAAAGUGAUUGAAGAAAUCUUCAUCAAAAUUUCCCCAGCAAUUUAACAAAGGUUUCCUAGUGUUGGGAAGAUAAUUAUCAGUCUUGUUUUAAUCAACAGCAUCCAUUCAUUGUGCUUAGCUUUUCCUUUCACAAGUUUAAUUUGAUUUUAGACAUCCAUAAGAUGUAAUCAAUGGCUAGAUUGAUGAGAUUUUAGUCAUGGUUUCUCUGUACUUCUUUCUUUUCCACCUUCUCAGGAGAGGUUUCUCUAUAAAGUUGACAGUCUGGUCUUGAAUUUUUGUAUGAAGGAAACCUGAAAGCUAGUAUUAAUGUAAUUUUCUCACCUGAAUUUAUCCAGGCA